AUAAUUACUCUUUGGAGCAGGCAGCAGCCACCUCUUUCUCUCUCUCUCUCGCUCACUGAACCCUCUCUAAACCCCAAGAAAAUGUCCGUUACAAUCACCACCACAAAACAAUGAAGCGGGUCUUGAAAAUCUCUGACGCGGCCCAGGCGGAGAUGCUCUGCUCAGCAAAACCCAAAACCCUUGCCUCCUCUCCCUUCAUCUUCACCCUCACGAAGUCCCCAAAUCACCGAUUCACCACCCGCGACCUCAAUGCCCAAACCCAAUCCACCUCCCCCAAAAUCUUGGGCCUGUUCACGGACAAGUUCGCCCCCUCUGAUUCCGGAGCCAGAGAGGAUCUCAGAUACAAGGUCACGCAGUUGAGGGACGAAUUGGUUCGAAAUUUCGAGGAGGACUCUGAUCAGAUUUACACUGAUAAGAUUGUUAGGGUUUUGGAGGAGAAAGCCGACUCGUUGCUUCGGAGUUAUUCGGAUGGGUGCGCUUGUGUUGAGCUUUUGAAGCAGCUGGGUUCGUGGCCUCACUUAGCCCUAGAGGUCUUGAAUUGGAGAAGAAAACAGGUGGAUUAUGGCAUUCCUAUGGCGCCUGAGGAGUAUGUCAAGGGUAUUACAGUUGCUGGUAGAAUUAAGAAUGUUGAUCUUGCAGUUGAGCUGUUUACUGAGGCUACUAACAAGCGAAUCAGGACAACAUCUACUUAUAAUGCACUAAUGGGUGCUUAUAUGUUCAAUGGUCUUGCUAAUAAAUGCCAGUCAUUAUUUCGGGAUCUGAAGAAGGAAGCAGUUUCUAGUCCUACAAUUGUAACAUACAACAUUCUUAUUUCUGUUUUUGGUCGCUUGAUGCUAGUUGAUCACAUGGAGGCAACUUUUCGAGAGAUACACGAUUCGAGUCUCUCCCCUAAUAUAAGCACGUACAACAAUUUAAUUGCUGGAUAUGUUACAGCUUGGAUGUGGGAUAAUAUGGAGAAAACUUAUCAGACGAUGAAGAUGGGCCCUGUUAAGCCUGACAUUAACACCUACUUGUUAAUGCUUCGGGGGUUUGCACAUUCAGGUAAUUUAGAAAAGAUGGAGGAGACAUAUGAAUUGGUAAAGCACCAUGUUAAUGAUAAGAACAUUCCAUUGAUCAGAGCCAUGAUUUGUGCAUAUUGUAGGAGUUCUGCAACAGAUAGAGUUAAAAAGAUUGAGGUGCUAAUGAAGAUUAUUCCAG